UUGUUCCCUAAGUCCAUUCCAUAUUCAAAUCUCGAAUGGUGAGGACGAUAGUAUGAGUGCAGCUUCCAUGUUUUCUGCGGCCGUUAUUUUGGCCGUUUUUAGUGUAACGCACGCCGUAAACGUUUCUGUGUAUUACGAAAGUCUUUGUCCAGACAGUGUCGAAUUCAUCGCCCGUCAACUGGCUCCUCACUACUCAGAAAUUUCAAAGUACGUGGACCUCGAGUUGGUGCCUUAUGGCAAAGCAGCUCAUAGCAAAACAAACGGAGUGUGGCAGUUCUCCUGCCAACAUGGCCCAAAUGAGUGCAAAGGAAACAAGUACCAGUCCUGCGCGUUGUCGCAGAAGGCCGGGUCAGAGACUGACGUCAGUUUCGUGAAUUGCGUCAUGAGGAGCCGAUCUGCGUCUCACAUAAGUAGAACAGAAUAUUCGCAAUUUUUCUCUCAGUGCGCUAGGAGGUACAAUUUGGAUGUCCAAAAGAUAAACUCCUGCGCCACUUCGGCCGAAGGCGACCAACUGCUAGCUGCCAAUGGCGACAAGACUCCAUCAAUCGCCUUUGUGCCCACAGUGGUGUACGAUGGCGUUUUCGACCAACAGACCCAGGAGCAAUCCUUGAUAGACUUCGUGGCAGUGGUGUGCAGUAAAAUUAACGAAACCAAGCCUUCCGUAUGCGAUAAAAAGGAAUUGCCUAGGAUUAAUAAUAUUUGGAAUAUAUUUUGAAUAUUCUCGUUUAGUUUGUUUUAUAUUUUCGUAAAAUGUAUUAUACUUCUUUUA